CUCAUUGGCUUUUCUGUUUUAUUAAGUCUUGCUUUUCAGUAACACAAGGCCAACUUAUAUUUUAUUCAUGGUUUUCUUCGUCCAUAUGCACGCUUUCUAGUAUUAUAUAACUGCCCCAACUGCUUCAGCUCCUCUUACUACUCUUUCACCUCUUCAGUAGGGAAGAAAUAAAUUAAGCAAGAAGAAGAUGAUUAUGUUGAGGUCAAUGAGGUUCAGCAGAAGCAGGUCCAAGCUUAGAAAUGGGAACAAAGCAACAACACCCACAGAAAACGAUUGCAGAGGCAUUUGUCAAAUCCAAUGGGAACUUAGGCCUGGUGGCAUGCUUGUUCAGAAAAGGGAGAGUAACCUAAGUUCAUCCGAGGAGGGAUUCAUCACAAUUACGGUGUCAACUGUCUCACACUCACACCAAAUUUCUAUUGAGUCCACGUCAACUUUUGGAGAAUUGAAAAUUAUCCUGUCAUUGGUCACAAGUUUUGAGCCGCGAGAGCAAAGGCUUCUCUUCAAGGGAAAAGAGAGAGCUGACGAUGAAUAUCUGCAUAUGGUUGGGGUUAGAGACAAGGACAAGGUUCUUCUGUUGGAGGAUCCAGCAAUAAAGGAGAAGAAAAUGCUUGGCUUAAGUGACCCCAAGUCGUUCCAUCUCUGUUUCACUAAUUAAUUAAUUAACCAAACUCGUUAAUAUCAAUUAGUGUUAAUUAACCUCGAAUACAGUUUAAUCUAGUGAGGCACGCGUGUUUUCGCACUUUUACGUUAGAGUGUAAGAACCUAAUUAUGUUUUGUGUUUGUUUGGUGUCAUCGCUUCAUUAAAAAUGUUUUAGUUGAUGAAAUGCCAGUCAUUAUUAUGCGUAGUUUUGUGAAUGAUGUGGAGUGUUCAUUUCUUCUCUUAUUUAACAAUUUUCUUAUCAUGAUUGUUUAUGUCC